AUGCCUAACGGACACCACAACAAGAUGGAACUCAACAACUUCCUCCAGGGCCUGCCCAACGGGUCAUCCCUCAAGGCUACUUGGGCCACGAACGGAAUAGGCCCCGAGCACAAGUGUGUUUGGCACGCAACUGUCACCAUCGCGGGCAAGAGCUGGCGUGGAGAGCACAGUAACAAACGCGACGCUGAGGACCUCGCGGCCGCGGAAGCACUCAAGGAGCUAAGGCCCUGA